AUGGAUGCCGCUGGGCUUGAUGAAGUGCUACCGGCAUUGCCAGAACCGCUAGGCCCACUACUGCUGGCGCUAGAGCUUGACGAGCCGGUCGAGUCCGGCCCGCUGGCCGAACACGUCUCUGUCGAGUUGUUGCCGGCCUCAGCCCAGCUUGUCGAUGAAAGGCAGGAGGUAACCCCCGAGGAUGCCACAGUGAUGAAUCAGGAGGCGCCACAGUUGUUUCCCGCGGAGUCCGUGGCCCAGUACACGGUUUGA